AUGAUGGCUGACGGCGAGAUGGGUUACGGCGAGUACUACAACUAUGAGGGUUGGUCUGUGGGACCGCCUGAGUACGUGGAACCAGCCUGCCAGUACCGACAGCCGAUCGAAGAUGACUACAGAUACAACACUUACGCAUUAUUGGACAGUAUGAAAAUGCCAGGGCAAAGACCUGGUUUCCAAAUAUCAGAUAUCCUCGGUCUCAACGAGGCUAAGGGUCUGGAUACACCAUCGCAAAGUUCCAUCACCGGUUGUCCCUUGGACCUUCCGCCUUACCCAGCGCCUCAUCACAAUUAUUCCCACGAGCUUUUGAGACAUCAUCAACCGUGGCUAUCGCUUGACCAACAUGAUACAGGUGCCCUCGGUCAACAAGCCAGUCCAGACAGCACUUCUAGGGCUUCAGAACUGUCCUACGUCGGUCCAUCUGCCACGUCCCCCACCACCGGUCCACGUCACGAUCACGACCACGACCAUGACCACGACGACCACGAAAUCAUCGAGCACGACGAUGACGACCACGACCAACCACCCAACAGCGGCGAUACAAAUUUGGUCCACAAGAAGCGUAAACGGCGCGUGUUGUUCUCAAAAGCGCAGACCUACGAGCUGGAACGAAGAUUUAGACAGCAGAGAUACUUAUCGGCGCCAGAAAGAGAACACCUAGCCAGCCUGAUAAGAUUAACGCCGACCCAAGUCAAGAUAUGGUUUCAAAACCACAGAUAUAAAACGAAACGGGCUGUGCAAGAAAAGGGCGCGCACGACUUGAACGUUGGAGGUUUAAAUUCACCACGGCGGGUCGCUGUACCUGUCCUUGUUAAGGAUGGAAGGCCAUGUCUCGGUAAGCCGGAUGGGUUGCCCCCUUUGGGUAUGUCUCUUCCUCCGUACCAACCUAUGCACCAACCCACGGGACACCCACCACAACCAAACGGCUGCUGGUGGUGA